AUGAAAACGUUUGGGUUUAAGACCAUGUUCACCACUCUAAACCUGCUGCUAAUCGGUGACUGCUUCCAAAAACCCUGCCUUCCGGAACGAUCGCUUCAGUGUGGCCUACGGCCCGCGGGACAGUCCGCAAGCUACGACAACGGAGCAGUUGCCUAUGCCGGCCAGUGGCCGUGGCACGGAACCGUUUACCACUACCGGAAGCGAGCUCGAGCGGCUGCGGUGGAGUUUGCCUGUUCUGGUACCUUAAUCAGCGAGAGGCACGUCCUAAUUGCAAAAAAUUGUGCGAUUGGUGGAAAUGGAUCCUGGUUGGAGAGUGGAGAACUGCUGUUUCGGAUUGGGACACACGCGCAAAAUGUGUUCAACUUUGGAAGAGCUCAGCAUCGGAAGGUGGGGAAAAUCCACCAAUCGGGGGAUUUUAACGCGAAAAGGAAUAAAUUGGCUAUUUUGGAGUUGAGUGAAAUGGUCAGAUUCAAUGAGUACGUGCAACCGGCUUGCGUGCGAAAGGAUAGAAACCAUUUCAUAGAGAAGCUUGGAGUUGUAACAGGUUGGGGGUUGGAGAAAGGAAAGGAGUUUAUUGGUAAUUACAAAUCACGACGAUUCGACUGCCAGGAUUUCGAUAGCCCGCAAUUGAAUCGUACUUUCAUUUGUAGUCAAGACCCUGGUGCUAGUGUCGUAUACAAGUGGGGGCAUAAUUUCGCAACUGUUGGUAUGAUUGAUUGUACGAAAAAGGCAGUCGAUCUAUGUGCAAGGCAUACUCCAUUCGAAGAGGAUACUAUUCAAGUUUCAAAAUACUUUUCGUGGAUUGUAGACGUAGCGGAUCUUGACCACCUGCAAAAAGUCAGAAAAGGACAAAACCACGAUCCAUCGAUGCAAUACUCAGAAAUUUUACCGCGACGGAACUGUGGAAAUCUUGUUCUUUCCGGCAAUACUAGUAAUUUGUACCGGUAUCCAUGGAUGGCCAUCGUUAUUGGAGAUAUGCUGGAUUUUUAUGAUAAUAAGGCAACAUGCAUGGGAACACUCAUCAGCCACCACUAUGUUCUGACCACUUCUUCUGCUAACUUUUUCAUAGGCGAACCUCAAUUGGUUCGCUUAGGAGAUUACGACACCCAAACGAAUCCAGAUUGCAGUGAAAACGAAGAAACAGAAUGUGCUUCACCCUAUGAAGAUUAUGAAGUGGCUUACACUAUAUUGCAUCAGGAUUAUUUUAACCAACCCAUGGAUUACGCUAUAAAUGAUAUCGCUUUAAUUCGUACAAAGAAAGCAGUUUAUUUUGAUGAUCACAUACAACCCGUUUGCCUUCCAAUAACUCAAAACCUAAGACAACUAAGCAUCAAACGAUACACCAAAACAGGCUGGAAACCGAGGUCAAAGUCACCAAAUUUGCUCCAAAAAAAUGUAGUGACUCUCUCGAACAUUACCGACUGUUUCGAUAACCAUGCAAUCACAAAUUUCGACGCGAUAAUGUGCACAAAAGGAAAGCAACAUUUCAGAUUAGGUUCGCCCCUCGGCAGCAUCGUUGAUCACAACGGACGGCGAUUUGUGCAGUUCGCGGUGGAGUCGUACGAACUGAAAGGGUCCACAUUGUACACUUUGACUUCGUGCAACAUGGACUGGAUCGUAGCCAACAUGAAAAAAUAG